AUGAUAUUAUUAAUACUCAAUCAUUUACAUUUAAAACAUAAUGAUACAAUGUUAAGUAAAACUCAAUAUGAUAAAAAUAAAAAGAAAUUUUAUUUUAAAAAUAAUUUUAGUUUUCGUAGCUUUCAAUUUGUUUUAUUUGGUGAAAGUAUUCAGACAGAUAUUGAUAAUAUUACAAAAGAUACACAUAAACCAAUAGAUGGUUUAACUUAUGGUAUGGUUUUUGAAACAGUUAAUUCACAUUUUUGA